GUUUAGAUGAAAAAGGUAUUAUGGGAUGGUGUAAUAAAUAUUGGAUUAGCAGUUGAGCAGUUUUAUUCAGGAUCUUUUAAAUGCAAUAAAGGGUAUAGUGCUCGCCGGACAAUUAUAACUGAAUGUAAUCAAUUUGAUUGUUAUUGUAAUGUUUUAGAAUCUGGAAAUGGACAUCCAAUAUUUGAAUGUAUUUUGAAAAAUGGUGAAGAUAAGAUUGGAAUGUCUUGCUCAAUGAAUCCAACAACUGCAGCAAAAAAGAUAUUGAAAAUAGCCAAUGUUGAUGUUUCGAUAAAAAGUGGCAAUACUUUCUUUGGGUUUGAUAGGAAGGAAGGAAUUAAUUUGAUGAAUGCUACUACUAAUAAUACAAAUCAAGCAGUAAAUAAAAAUUAUAAAGUAGUAGGUAAAGACUAUUCUGUAAGCUCUAGUUUUCCAUCUCGAAACUUAAAAUGGCAUGGGAUUGUUGAUUAUGGUAUAGCUGUUGACAAUAUAAACUUUCACUGCAAACUUGGUAGUGGUUCAUUUAAUUUCCAUUGUGGCUAUGAAUCAAUAAGAAUCGCAAAAACUGCAAAUUUUGAUGAAAUUGAAAUCCACUGUAAAGUGGAAUCUGAGAAUCAUAUUCCAAUAUUUAAAGUAUUUACAAUAGAAAUUCCAUUAGCAAGCUUUUCAAAUGUAAAAGCAACUGUUUGUGUCAAGCAAAUGUUAAACUUUUUAGGGAUUGAGAGUAAUAAAAAGUGGUCUGGUUUUGAGUUUUUUGGUUUUAUGAAACCAGAAGUUUUAAUAAUAAUAUCUGCUAAUCCUAUCAAUGUUGAGACAUCUUCAAAACAUAAAAUGUGUUCAGCUAAAAAAGUGUUCAAAAAAGUUGAACUUGAAGACCACAUUCCUUUACGAUGUGCGUUAACUAUUCGAAGUCGAAAUGCAGGAGAGACUAGUUGUUUAUUAAACUCUAAAUCAAUUCAUGCACGUAAUGAAGCUAUACAUGAACUGGUUGAGUAUAUAUCAUUUGGAGAUGUAAAAAGUUAUAUUCAACAUUUGUACAAGAAAAAUCCUUCUAUUAUUACUGACACUAUCACUAAAAUUGACAAACGAAUUGAGAUAAAUUGUUCCCAAAGAGCUGAACUUUUACUUGGUAAAUGUAAUUUAUCGCAACGUGGCUAUAAAAGUCUAAGAACUGUUAUGUCCAAAAAUUUAAUAGAUUUACCAACUUAUACAAAUGUAAGAGAGUACUGUUUAACUGCAGAAGUAGGUAAAAUAUCAAAAAUUCACGAGGAUAAUGAAAACAUUUGUAAAUGUAUGGGAGCUAAGACCAAUCUUGCAGAAACUUUACAAUAUAUUAUUUCAUGUAAAAAGUUACUGCAUGAAAUGGAAUUUCUUAGUAUUGAAAAGCAAGCAGAUUUGUUUGCAUAUUUAAAGCAAGUUAAUUCAACAUUGUACAAUUCUAUUGAUUCAACAAAACGCACUCUCUUUAUAAAAGACACUGGUGAUAAUUUCCGGGCUGCGUCUAGAUUUCCAACAGAACAGACAUCGUUUUCACUCUUAAAUUUAAAAACAUUGAUUAAUUCUCCUUAUGGACAGUUUAUAACAACACUGUGGAGAGGCAGUGAAUCCAAAAUUAUGCUUGAUACUCAUGUUAAGUGUCAUUAUCAAGAUCUUACUGACCUUAUCAUAAAUGGUAUUAAUUUAGUAAAUCCAGAUAAUAAUUCAGUUGAACACUUCAAUGUACUUUGUUUUUUUGUGGCCGAUUUAGGUUUUUUAAAGAACAUAAUUGGCCUAUGUUCUUGUACAUCAACUUAUGGAUGUUACCAUUGUGUAUUAAUGAAAGACAAAUGGUCUUUAAAAAUUAAGAAAUCAGGAGAAAAGCGUAGCAUUGCGGUAAUGGCAGAGUUAGGUGAAAAAGUGGAGUCUGUCCUGGGUGAGACACCUGACCACAAUUCUGCACAGUUUAAAAAAACACAGCUUGCCAAUUACGGCCAAUGGACAACAAUGUUGUUCAAAGGUUUUGUUAUUGACUUAAUGCCUCCAUGUGGUUUACAUCUCAUAUUAGCCCACCACCGGUAUAUGUACAAGUUUAUGUAUAAUGUCAUAAAUAAAAGAAAUAUGGAUAGUAGAAUUGGCAAAGCGUUUCGAAAUAUUGGUUGUACUUAUUUGGCUUAUCAAAUUGAGCAAUGUUUUAAAAGCAAAAAGAAGAAUUAUGAUGGUUCUGAAACUUUAAAAAUCAUUGGGAAUGAUUGUAAGUUAUUGGAAUUAAACAUUGAUACUUUUUUAAAUAGUUUUCUUGCCGACGGAGAAAAUUGGCUUGAUCAAAGUACCUUAAAGUUGCGACAAAUACUCGACCUCUACAAGAGAUUUGCUAGUCUUGCAAACGAUGUCAGAUCAACAUCUCCUGAGUUUUCAGGUACUUUCAAUGAAAGGUGUGAAGAGUAUUUUCAAAAGUUUAUUACGUAUGCUGGAUCUGAUUGUACUGAAGGCAUGCCAUACUUACAUUAUUUAAGAAAUCAUGUUGGAAAGCUUAUGGCAUUCUACGCUAGAUUUGGAUGGGGUUAUGGAAUGUUUAAUUGUAACGCAAGUGAACAUUUAAAUAAACGAAUUAAGUUUUCAGAGAUUAACGAAACGAAUUUAGACAGAACAAGAUUCGAAACUAUAAUUAGGUUAAUGCGUUUACAACAAUUUAUUCUAACAGAUUCUGUUAUGCCAAAGAUAAAAGAGAUAAUUUGUUCUGUGUGCAAAAUACCUGGCCACAAUAAGAAAAACAAAAGCUGUCCUCUACACCCUAGUCACCCACCAAUACAAUUUGAAGAAUCAGACGAAGAAGUUUAGUUAAAAGUAUUUUAUUUGAGAAAAAUUAUGAUGUGUAAACUUUUCACUAUCAUUUUUAUGAAGUAAAAAAAAAAUUGGUUUUGAGAA